AUGACAUCACCACCCCAAAAACAGUCUACUAUCAUAGUCGGCAUAUCCGGCCCCUCAUCCAGUGGUAAAACCACCCUAGCACGCCUCCUACAAAAAGUCUUCUGCAGAGUGGACCUACAAUUAAAACCCGAAUCAACAUCUCACGAAUCUCAAAAUGAAAAUGAAAAAUUAAACACCUUUAUCAUCCACGAGGAUGAUUUCUACUACCCAGAUGAUCAAAUCCCAUACACAACCACCAAAUCCGGCAAAAUACAAGACUGGGACACAAUCGGUGCUAUAGACACUUCAUUUUUAGCCCAAGCACUCCUCUACGUCCGUGAAAAUGGUCGACUUCCACCAAGGCUCCAAAGCAAAGAGGAUCAAAAUGAGAGCUCCCAUUCCGGUGUUGAAGAAAACCUCGUUGCCGAGAUGAGAAAUCUCGUCCAGAAGAGACUGAGAAGUGACAAUGCUGGCGCUAUUACCGAAGAGCGAAACCAUAAAGCAAAAACAAUAGCCUUCAUGGAAGGAUUCCUUCUAUACACAGGCCCAGAUCAAAAUGAAGAUUCGCCCUCGCCCCUAAAACCCGUCCAAGACGCAAUUCAUCUCCCCCUCUUCUUACCAGCAACAUAUACCAAUGUGAAAACUCGCCGCGAAGCAAGAACUGGAUACGUAACCAUUGGACCACAGCCAACACAGGAAGAUAUUCAAGCUCAGACUCAAUCGAGUACCGGGUCUGAACAAACACACGAACAUAAAGCUCCUAUAGAUCUUGAAGCAGAAAAUGAUCAACCUCCACAGAAUUUCUGGGUUGAUCCACCUGGCUACGUGGAUGAUAUUGUUUGGCCGAGGUAUGUAGAGGAUCAUGCUUGGUUGCUUGUUGCAGAGGAGGGCGAGGAGGACUUGGUCACGAGGGUUGGAGAGGGAGUCGAUGUUCGAGAGGAUGCGGGUGUUGUUGUUGCACCGGGGGAAGGGAGAUGUGGGGAUGGGUGUUAUUUUGAGGUGGGCUGUUGCGGAGAUUUUGAAUUUUUAUGA